CGCGCGCGAACCACUGCAGACCGCACCGAGCCAGCCUAGCCGAGAUGGCGUCGGCCGCGUCGCCCACGCCGCCGUGGGUCAUCCUGGGCAGCGUGCCGCGGGUGCUCUCGGCCUCCGCCGCCGCCGCAGCCCUCUCGUCGGGCCCGGGCGCCGCCGACUUCUCCCUCGCGCUGCCGCCGCCCCCCCGCAUGGCGCUCCUCACCAUCCCGCCGCGCAUCUUCCCGUCGCGCCCCACCCGCGCCAGCUACCCCUGCGUCGUCGCCGCCGACUCCUCCGCGGGCCUCCUACUCCUCCACGCCGACCAGGGCCACGCCACUGGCCCAACCGUCAUCGACAAGCCCGGCCACCAGCAGUUCGGCUGGCUCCCGUUCGUCGUGAGCUACUUUGUGCUCCACGCCGCCACCGCCUCCGCCCUGCCCCUCCCCACCCCCGAGCUCGUCUCCUUCAAGGGCGACCUCGGCCUCGUCGCCUACCCCGACGACGCGGGCUACGUGGUCGCCGAGCUCCAGCCCGUCUUCGGCAGCGACAAGGCCGUGCUCCUCCGCUUCUCGUCGCAGGUCGGGGAGUGGGUCAGCAAGAGCGUCACCUACCCGCUUCUGGCCCGCCUGCACAACCACGACGGCGUCGUCUCCUGCUACGGGAGGCUCUGGUGGGUCGACCUCUCCUGGAGCCUCGUCACCUGCGACCCCUUCGCCGACGACCCCGUGCUCACUCGUGUCAAGCUCCCGGAGGGCACGGCGCUCAAGUACAGGGUAGCCUGGGGGCUGCUCGACAAGCACCGCUGCGUUGGCGUCAGCGCCGGCAAGCUGCGGUUCGUCGACAUGUACCGCAACCGCAACAGCAACGGGGCAGCACAAAUCAGCGUCUGGACGCUCGCCGACUAUCCGCCGUACUCCACCGAGUGGAUGCUGGAGUGCGAGGCCACCUUCGCGGAGAUCUGCAACGACGCCACCUACAGAGAGGUUUUUAGCGUGGAACGACCGAAACACAGCAGGCUCAGCGAACAGCAGACCAUCAGGCAUCGGCCCAACAGGCCCAGUCGAUCCAUCUAACGCCCUAGCCCAGGUCGUGGACAACGCAACGCACGCACACAGUUCCUAGCUUGGGCUGUGGCGGGGGCGGCAGGAUCUGGUCGUGCGCUGAGGCUGUUUUUACUAAGUAAUUGUGUAUAUUUGCGUGUACCUGAGUUGUCAGGCCACAUGUUUAUUCUGAAUUUGUAAUUGUACACAGAUGGAAAACAUGCAGGAGUACAGUAUAUUUUGAUGAUUUCUUCUCUUUGUAAAGUGUAGCUUGUGUUAUACUUUGUAUUGUA